UCUAAUGAACAGCACUUCAGUAUAUCCUUGACAGUGUCAGUAACCGUAUAUCCUUGACAGUGUCCACAUCACAUGAACAAACAAACAAACAAAAUCGAUUAAAAAUGGCGGGUACUCACAUUCUCUUCCUCGUGUUCAUCACAAGCAGCGGCAUUGCCGGUACCGCCACCAUCUUCGUUUUGGAGAACAGUUGCCCUUACACCGUCUGGCCUGGAAUUCUCUCCGGCAACAGCACCACCACCCUCGGUAACGGCGGGGUUCCCCUGACUCCUGGCGCUUCCGUACAGCUCACUGCUCCUCCGGGAUGGUCAGGCCGUUUCUGUGCUCGCACCGGCUGCAGCUUCGAUGCCUCCGGUCGCGGUAGCUGCGUCCCCGGAGUCUGCGGCGGCGUUUUAAACUGUAACCGCGGCGGAUUUCCUCCGGCCAUUCUAGCCGAGUUCACCGUCGGAUCAGGCGAUUCAGAGAUGGAUUUUUACGGCGUUAGCCUCGUCGACGGUUUCAACGUCAAGAUGGGGAUCGAACCCUUGGGAGGAACCGGAGAUUGCCACUACGCAGGCUGCCUCGCCGACGUCAACGAGAUUUGCCCUGGCGAUCUUCGGAUCAUGGAUCAGAACGUCGUUGGAGUCGUCGCGGCGUGCAUGAGCGCGUGCGCUGCGUUUGAUUCGCCGGAGUUCUGCUGCACCGGUGCUCACGCGACGCCGCAGACUUGUGGUCCGAGUCGGUACUCGACGGUGUUCAAGAACGCUUGUCCUAGCGCUUACAGCUACGCUGGUGACGCGACAAGCAUCUUCACUUGUUCCCGAUCUAACUACUUGAUUACUUUCUGCCCCACCCGCUCUUAAAAACCUGAGCUCCGGUUUAAAUUCGGGUCGAGUUUCUCCCUCAUGCUUCUUUUGCUUGUGAUGUACGGAAGGGUGAAUAAUAUCAUUUUCAGUUUUCAAAGAUCUUUUCAAGUAUUCUGUUU